AUUUAGUGCUAAAAGUAGAAGAGGCCCAAAUUAAUAGAAGAAAUGAGUCGUUGGAUCCACCUCUCUUGCUCUCUUCUCUACAAGUCAAACUCGGUCAGCAGAGAUAUUAGCAAUUGAAAAUGGCAUUUCUAUUUCAGAAAUUUCAAGAGGUAUAACUCUUAAUUUCACUCUUAGAAUUCUCAACCUAGGAAUAUAGAAUGAGACUCACAGUUAAUUUUUGUUGAACAGUGUUCUGCUUGUUGGAAAAUUUCAGUUCUGCGUUUUUGCCCAUUCUGUGUUUGAUAAAAUGUCUGUUCGAAUAAGUGAGUGAUGUGGGGUGCUGGUUCUACACUGUAAAUGUUCAUGAGCAAACCCGAACUUUCGAACUCUUUAAGAAGUUAGGUUAAUCACAGGGUUCUCUGUUUCAUGCUUUGGCUCUGUACAUAUGUAAAAUUGUAGAAUGAUCUAAUCACAUAUCUAUAUCUGCAAGUCCCUCCUUUGAUAGUUCCUGGAACUCUGGGUUGGUCUAUAUUGUCGUUUGACUGCUGUCAUCGUGGUUUGUUAGGCUUACUAGACGUAGUGAUUGAUUAAGUUGCAUGCUUUGAUGUAUAUGAUGUGUUGUCCGGUUAGAUAUGAUAAACGUUCUGGUAUAUAUUACGGCAUUAGAAACUGAUGAUAUUGGAAACUUAUGAUUCUUAUGGUAUACUCAUCCUACUUUUAGGCUGUAAAAGUUCUUGCCAAAAGUCCCACAUUUGCUAGAGAGCCAAGACACCUUCAAUUUGAAGCAGAUAUAAACCGUCUCUUCCUUUACACCAGGUGAGAAAUGUAUCAGACACUGAUUUGUUGACAAUUCAAUGUUAGCGUCUGUAUCACACAUGCUCAAUUUCAAUAAUCAAAAAUUUAUCCAACCCAGUUAAUGUUGGCAUGUUGUGUUGAUUUCUGUGGUGAUUGAUGUGAUUCCUUACUUUCUGAUAAUAUUAAUGCCUUUGUAUUACAUAUGUGUGUUUGAUUUGUUCUUCAUUCCACUAAAAGCUUGGGUAUUGCGAUGCGUUUACUUAACGCUGCAUCCUCUUUAAUUCAUAUAUCCUUUUUGCAGAUGGACUUCCCAUCAAAUGCUCACUUUACUGAUAGUAAUCAAAUUUCGCACUUUGCGAUGCUCGUUUUUCUCAAUCAUAGAUAUCACAUUUUACUUCUUCGUUCUUCCAUUUCCCUCUAAAACACGUGCGUGUGUGCUUCUCUCAGCUACAAGCUUCUUGGAAAAAAUGCCGAAGAAGCUGAUGCGGAAGAGAUUAUUGAUUUAGCUAGUCGGGCUUCCCUUGCUGAUCAGCAGAAGCAGGUCCAAGAAAACAUACAUUCUCAAAUAAAUACCUUCUGCUCAACCAUGGAUGAUAUUCUUCUUCCUGAUAUACAAACAGCAGGCGGACCUCAUGAAGUAGUGGAAGAAAAGAAUAAUUCUUCCCGUCGUAGUGGUCUCAGUCUCGCUGUUGGUCAGAGUAUUCCCACAAAUUGUCAUCCCGUUACUCCAGAGACAAAGCCUUUAAGCCAUUUAGAGGUGUCACAGAAGUUGAAGGAUCUCUUGGGUUACACUCUUGAGGUAAAGCAAUCUGAAAUUCCCCACAAGGAUGCUGGAAAAGGUGUAUUUAUUGAUGGCGAAGCUGAUGUUGGGACAGUCAUAGCAUUCUAUCCGGGUGUGGUGUACUCACCGGCUCAUUAUCGGUAUAUUCCUGGAUAUCCAAGAAUAGAUGCUCAAAACUCCUAUUUGAUCACUAGGUACGAUGGCACUAUAAUUAAUGCUCAGCCAUGGGGCAUUGGUGGUGAAUCUCGAGUCAUAUGGAAUGGUUCUGGUGUUUCUGAGCCUAUGCCUAAUGUGGAAGGUACUGACAAGGGUUCAGAUAAAAUUUGGAAGAUGCUUAGUAAACCUUUGGAUGGCACUGGGGCAAUUAAGGGUGAAAUCUUGGAGAGGAGAAAUCCUCUGGCCUUGGCCCAUUAUGCCAAUCACCCAGCUAGGGAUAUGAUCCCCAAUGUGAUGGUUUGCCCCUAUGACUUUCCGUUGACGGAAAAGGACAUGAGAACUUACAUUCCCAAUAUCUCAUUUGGAGAUGGAGAGGAAGUUAAAAUGAGAAGGUUUGGCAGCUUUUGGUUCAAAUCUUGGAAAUCAGGCAGCGCUGGAUCUAACAUUCCGAUUUUGAAGAGCCUUGUACUUGUUGCCACUAGAUCACUCUGUGACGAAGAAUUAUACUUGAACUAUAGGCUGAGCAACUCUAAACAACGACCUUCAUGGUAUACACCUGUAGACGAGGAAGAGGAUCGAAGAAGGUGGAGCUAAUGAGUCAGUCGAGGCUGGAACCCGCCCUUAAGUUUUGAGAAUUUUGCUCGUUUUUAUUAACCUUCUCAUUUGGAAAAUGUAGUAUCAAAAUUCCCUGUCCCUGAAAAGUUUCUGUUCUGAUAACAUUCUGAAUAAGAUCAUAGUGAUUCAUCUUACUUCAAUCCAGAAGGCUUUAUUGAGUUUGGGAUUGAGAAGUACAUAUGAUGACAGUUUCAAAUGAUGUUUGAUUAUGGUGUUUCUGAAUGGAGAGAUUCAGAACUGGUAUGAAUUUUCAGAAUUCAGCCUAGUCCACCUACUAUUACUGUUACUACUAACAUAACUUCUGUUUCAUCGGUUGGAAAUAUAUUUGCAUAUUCAAAGACCAAGGAUCUUUUGUAAUAACAUAUAUGCAAAUUAUCUGGUACACUCGGGGGCACCGUGUACCCCCUGCGCGUGUAAUUUACUCUCUUAAAAUAGUGUGAG